AUGUCGCCUUCCCAGCCCUCCGAUGCUCUCGCCGAGGCGUUGCUCGAUUUAUCCAGAAAAUGCCAAGAAUUACGCCAACAGAAGGGUCACCAACAGGAGGGAAAAGCCACAGACCUCAAGAUCCGGCAAGACAGCUUGAGUCAAAUUCAGACUACCUUAUUACCCGCCGCUCGAAACUCAGUCGUUGAAUUGUACAAGGCUUUGGGCUUAUCUCCCAAAAAUUCCGCCUCCCCUCAGCCUCAGUACAAUGAUGCUUUGGCUAUCGUUCCCAGCCUCAGCAAAGCCUUGGUAAACCUCAGUCUGUCUGCCAACACCCUUGACCCCAAAGAUGAAAAGUUUGGCUUGAACGAUCAAAAUUCUGGCACGUUGAAGAAAUUCAGAUGUGAAACCUUGCAACAGGAAAUCUCCGAAGUGAUAUCCAUUUUUCUCCCUGACGUAUUCGAUGAAAUUUCUGAGCUAAUUUCCAGUGGGGAUCUUACCCACUCUGGCCAUGACGGGGAGCCGGCCCAACCGCAUGCGAGCAUCGACAUGGUCGAAGACUCUUUCAACCAUAUCAUUCAUCUCGUGGACCUCUCUGACUUUGGCUUACUCCAAUCUAUCUGGGAGGAGGGUGAAGAAGAAGUCGGUCACCUUGUUGUCAAAAUCAACCGGGAAAUUAGCAUCGCCCAACACCCUGACCUUCUUGACGAUCAAGGUUUUAGCCACAAAGUCACACCGCGUCUCGUCAAACUUCUGGAGCAAUGCAACCCAAUCGUCAAGUCUUGCAGGGGCCUCUACCAAAAAAUCGCCUCCACAAAUCUCUUCACCAUUAGCGAAAAGUUGCCCACAGUUGAGCUCGAAAGUAUCGUGCACCAUUCAGCCGGGAUUAAGCAGGCCCUCCAACACAUUGUCCAUUGCUUGUCUAGUGCUGCUGUUCUCCAACGAGUCGAGCAAGUCCGUGGCACCCAAUCCCACUUGCAUCAACUCAAAAAAUCUGUUGACGACACCAUGGAAUCCAUCGCCUCUCACAUGACCCCUUCUGCUCCCACUGCCAAGGUCGAUGAGGUGAUGGACAAAUUGUUCGGUCAUUUUAAAUCAACGUUCUACCCUGCUAUCAGUGAAUUUACGUCUGAUUUCUCUCAAUUCGAAGCUUCCUUUUGA